GUGCGUCAGAUGACCCCGUUGACCUGACAAAAUGGCGACAGGAGUGUUUUCCGUACAUGCUGGAAGGUUUUUAGGGCGGAUUUUUUCUCCCAUGCAGACCAUAGAACGGCAGAUGGCAGCAGCGAGAAAAAGAUUCUACAAGAAUGUUUCCAUCAGUCAAUCUAAUGGCAUGUAUGAGAUCAACCUGGACAGGAGAAAGUUGAAAACACCAAUGAGUCGCCUGUUCUCUGUGCCCAGCGAGCCAAUCGCCAUCGCUGUUGCAACAGAAUGGGAGGCACAGCACAAAGAAAUCAAAAUGUCACAAAUGCACAUGACGCAGCUGUGUAAUACUGCCAUCGACAACCCAAGCAAGAAGACACCACAACAGAUAGUAGAUGACAUCUUGUCAUUCCUGGACACAGACACAAUAUGUUACAGAGAAGAGAGUCCAGUGGAGUUAGCUGAGCUAGAGGAGAGGGAAUGGGAACCACUGCUGGACUGGGUUAGACAGAGAUAUGAUAUCCAGUUACAAUCCAGCACCAGUAUCCAUGGUCCGACUAUUCCUAAAGCCACCAAGUCAACAUUAAAGAAACAUCUUCUACAUUACAACCACUGGUCUCUUGUGGGUGUGACAAGCUUGGUGGAGACUCUCAAGUCAGUGGUGCUGAGUCUCGCUCUCAUGGACAAACAUCUCACUGUGGAGAAGGCAGUUGCACUGGCCAGACUGGAGACAGAGUUUCAGAUUGUCAGAUGGGGGAAUGUGGAGUGGGCCCAUGACAUGGAGCUGACAGACCUGAGAGCCAGGGCAGCUGCCUCAGCACUCUUCAUCCACUACAACUCUGAACGGGUCUCCACAAAGGAAAAAGCUCCUUCCUGGAGCACAUAACUUCUGGUAGAUGACCCCCUACUGAUAACAGCCAUGUUUCUCUUCAAUUGUUUGGAAGUGUGAAGACAGUGAAACAAUUUGAUGAUAAUUGUUUUACUUCUGUUGUGACUAAUACAUUUAAGUGUGUCACUUAAGCCAAGUAGUGUCUACACCACCCUGAAACAUGUAAUGAUCGUGCAUGUACAUGUAUAACACAGAAGGACACUUGAUUCAAAUGAAAUAUGAUAGGAAGUAUUUCUGAAGAAAAUGAUCUUAGUUCUGAACAGGUCGGUGUUGUAUCUGAUGGGAAAUGGCAAGACAACAACAUCAACAAAACAACAUUGUGUUGACA